AUGGCAGGGAAAGCUCGAUCCGUUUCUUACCGAGGCCCCAACCUGAUUAUUAAUCAGCCCGACGAGCUGCUGGACGGCAUGUCCGAGUGGUGCAAGGAGCACCACGGCAAGUCUGGCCUUACGAAGGCUGUGAAGGAGAGCAAAAUUUCGUUGCAGCAGGCAGAGUACGAGUUUCUGUCCUUUGUGCGCCAACAGACGCCGCCGGGUCUCUGUCCCCUUGCAGGUAACUCUGUUCACGCAGAUAAGAAAUUCCUCGACAAAUACAUGCCUCAGUUCAUGAGGCAUCUUCAUUACAGGAUCAUUGACGUGAGCACCGUCAAAGAGCUUUGCAGACGCUGGUAUCCGGAAGAAUACGAGUUCGCACCAAAGAAGGCGGCUUCUCACAGAGCGCUCGAUGACAUCAGGGAAAGCAUCAAAGAACUUCAGUUCUACAGAGACAGCAUCUUCAAGAGGAAAACGGAUGAAAAGAAAAGGAAACUCAUAGAGAACGGAGAAAGCGAUAAAACUGCCAGCUGA